AUGGAGGCCACCGCCGCGUCGACGCGGCCUCUCUUCCUCCUGGCGCCUUCGCCGCCGCUGGUCAGCACGGUGCGGCUCGCCCUUGGCGUGGGGAGGCGCCGGUUCGUGGUCGCGGGGGCCAGGAAGAAGAGGGGGCGGCAGGACGGGGAGGCGGGGGAGGAGAGGGUGGACGCGCACAGCUUCAACCCCAAGGCCGGCGAGGUCACCGGGCCGUUCCCCGAGGCCGUGCUUCUCAGAAAGAAAAAGGUGAAAGAGGACGGUGAAGCUUUGCCAGAAUUCGCGGACGCCGAAGAAGGUGAUAGUCAUUUUGCACUCAGUUGGUCCUUUUUGUGCUUGAUGCCAAUACGCGAUCUGUCUAACCCAACUAAAUUUACAGAAAAGCUAUACGAGCUUCUUAACAUUCAGCUAGAGAGUGGUUUAAAUCUGCAAAGAAUGCGACACUAUGAAGUUGUUUACCUCAUUCACGAGGACCGCGUGGAAGAAGUUGAAGACGUUGUAUCAAAAGUACAAGACUUUAUCAGAGAGAAGAAAGGAAGGAUUUGGAGGGUGAACAACUGGGGACUGCGCAGACUUGCUUACAAGAUAAAGAAAGCAACACAUGCCAACUACAUCCUAAUGAACUUUGAGAUACAGGCACAAUCCAUAAACGAGUUCAAGACUCUGCUAGAUAAGGAUGAAAGAAUCAUUAGACACCUUGUGAUGAAACGAGAUGAGGCGAUUACUGAAGAUUGCCCUCCUCCACCAGAGUUCCAUGCUAUGCGAUCUCAACAGUUGGAUGACGAGUAUAUUGAUGAGGAAUAUGGGAGGGUGGACGAUGGGGAUGAUGAGGCUGAACUAGAGUCUUUUGGCAAUGUUGACGAUGACGUUGAAGAUGGCGAUGAACCUGAAAUCAUUCUUGUUGAUGAAGUUGACGAUGACAAUGCCGAAGACCUCAGAAGAAGAAAUAGGAAGGUGAAACUGGAGAAGUAUACCGUGGAGAAGGUCUUGAGGUAG